CUUGACUCAAAUUCAGACCGUCUACUAACUGCCAUCGGCGCCAUUCGCGAACCUUCCCCUCACCGCCGCUACCGCUCGUCCACUGCCAUGGUCACAACCAACGACAUCUCGAGGAAGCUCGAAGCUGCUUUCCAGGCCACGUACGUUCAGGUGGAAGAUAACUCAGACGGGUGUGGCAACAAGUUUAGCGUCAUCGUCGUCAGCAAUGCGUUUGAAGGCCAAGGGUUGCUACAACGCCAACGCGCCGUGAACGAGGUUCUGAGAGACGAAAUGGCUUCGAUCCAUGCGCUCCAGAUGAAGACGUGGACGCCAGCGCAGUUCGAACAGAAGAAGAGCCAACCGUCCGGCGAAAACUAACCUCGACGACGCCUCUUGUCACACGACUCACAUCCCCCAUGCCCCAUAGAUAGGUUCAACUCGCCCAUUAAUAUAUGCAUUCCCUGCACGA